UGGGCGUGGCCCAAUGUAGCCCCGCCCAGCGACACUGGGCAUCGGUACCAUGGCUGCCAGGAUCGCCAAGGAAUUGGAGGAGGUGCGGCGGUGGGGCGGGGCCCGCGAGCUGCGGCUGCCGGACGGCAACGUGCUGCGCUGGGAGGGGCUGCUGCUGCCCAACAACCCCCCGUACAACGCGGGUGCCUUCCGCUUCGAGCUGACCUUCUCCCCCCACCACCCGCUGACCCCCCCUCGCGUCACCCUCCGCACCAGCAUCUACCACCCCAGCGUGGACCCUGAUGGCCACAUCUGCCAGCCCCUCACCUCUGCCGAGCACUGGGCGCCCACCACCCGUGCCACCCAAGUGCUGCAGGACCUGCUGCUGAUGCUGGACAGCCUGGACACCCAGCGGGUGCUGCGGCAGGAUCUGGCCCGUGAGCUCCAGGACCAGCCGGAGGUUUUCCAUCGCCGGGCGGAGGAACACACCCGCCUCCACGCCGAGCCGCGCCCCGACCCCUGAGCCCCCCGCACCCGCGGGCACCCGGGGGCUGCCCGGCUUCGCCCUCCCUCCCCGCACCGGCCGGGGCCGGCCCUGGCACGGCUGCCGCCUUGGCGCUGCCGCCUUGGCGCUGGCGCCUGGGCCCGGCCUGGCACCACAGGGGGGUCC